AUGCGUCCGGAAGUGGAACAAGAGCUUGCUCACACCUUGCUGGUGGAGCUGCUGGCCUACCAAUUCGCCUCCCCCGUCAGAUGGAUCGAGACACAGGAUGUGAUCCUCGCUGAGCAGCGCACCGAGCGCAUUGUUGAAAUCGGUCCCGCAGAUACCCUUGGAGGAAUGGCACGGCGGACACUAGCCUCCAAGUACGAGGCCUACGAUGCCGCUACUUCAGUGCAACGUCAGAUUCUUUGCUACAAUAAGGAUGCGAAGGAGAUCUACUACGAUGUCGAUCCCGUGGAGGAUGAGCCCGAGCCCGCCGCAGAGCCUGCUUCUUCAGGUGCCCCUGCAGCGGCACCCGCUGCCGCUCCUGCGGCUGCAGCCCCCGCGGCUCCCAGUGCUGGCCCCGCUGCCGCCGUGGAGGACGUCCCCGUCACAGCCGUCGAUAUUCUACGGACAUUGGUUGCUCAGAAGUUGAAGAAGGGCCUCGCAGAUGUUCCCUUGACAAAAGCUAUUAAGGAUCUUGUUGGAGGCAAGUCCACAUUACAGAAUGAAAUCCUGGGUGACCUGGGUAAGGAAUUCGGUUCCACGCCAGAGAAGCCCGAAGAUGUUCCCCUCGAUGAGCUCGGUGCCUCGAUGCAAGCCACAUUUAACGGCCAAUUGGGCAAGCAGUCCUCUUCUCUCAUUGCCCGCAUGGUCUCCUCCAAGAUGCCUGGUGGCUUUAACAUCACUGCGGUUCGCAAGUACCUGGAGACUCGCUGGGGCUUGGGCUCUGGCCGCCAAGACGGUGUGCUCUUACUCGCUCUCACUAUGGAGCCCGCUGCCCGUCUGGGCUCCGAGGGUGAUGCCAAGGCUUACCUUGAUGAUGUGACCAACAAGUAUGCUGCCAGCGCCGGAGUCAACCUCUCGGCUCCUGUCGCCGGUGGUGACAGCGGUGGUGGCGGCGGUGGUAUGAUGAUGGACCCUGCUGCCAUUGAUGCUCUUACCAAGGAUCAGAAGGCUCUGUUCAAGCAACAGCUUGAGAUCAUUGCCCGCUACCUCAAGAUGGACCUCCGUGGUGGCGAAAAGGCCUACAUUACCUCCCAGGAGACCCAAAAGACUCUUCAGGCCCAGCUGGACUUGUGGCAGGCAGAGCACGGUGACUUCUACGCCUCCGGCAUUGAGCCCUCCUUCAACCCUCUCAAGGCCCGUGUCUAUGACUCCUCAUGGAAUUGGGCUCGUCAGGAUGCCUUGAGCAUGUACUACGAUAUUAUCUUCGGCCGCCUCGAAGUGGUCGACCGUGAGAUUGUCAGCCAGUGUAUUCGCAUUAUGAACCGCUCCAACCCCCUCCUCCUCGAAUUCAUGCAAUACCACAUCGACAACUGCCCCGCCGAGCGCGGAGAGACCUACCAGCUCGCCAAGGAACUUGGACAGCAGCUCAUUGACAACUGUCAUGAGGUCCUGAAUGUGGCUCCUGUUUACAAGGAUGUCGCUGUUCCUACCGGUCCCCAGACCACCAUUGAUGCCCGUGGGAACAUUGGCUACAAGGAAACUCCUCGUGCCAGCGCUCGCAAGCUCGAGCACUACGUCAAGCACAUGGCUGAGGGUGGCCCCAUCUCCGAGUACAGCAACCGCACCAAGGUUCAGCACGACCUGAAGAACGUCUACAAGAUGAUCCGCAAGCAGCACCGCCUGUCUAAGUCUUCGCAGAUCCAGUUCGACACUUUGUACAAGGAUGUCCUGCACGCUCUCGGCAUGAACGAGGGUCAGAUCAUCCCCCAGGAGAAUGGUUCUGCCAAGAAGGGCCGCAACGGUCUUAAGCGCACUGUCACUCGCCCCGGCAAGGUCGAGACCAUUCCCUUCCUUCACCUGAAGAAGAAGACCGAGCACGGCUGGGACUACAACAAGAAGCUCACUGGUACCUACCUCAAUGUGCUUGAGUCUGCUGCCCGUGACGGUCUCACCUUCCAGGGUAAGAACGUCCUCAUGACCGGUGCUGGUGCCGGUUCUAUUGGUGCCGAGGUCCUGCAGGGUCUCAUCAGCGGUGGUGCCAAGGUUAUUGUCACCACCAGCCGCUUCUCCCGUGAGGUCACUGAGUACUACCAGGCCAUGUACGCCCGCUACGGUGCUCGUGGCUCCCAGCUCGUGGUUGUUCCCUUCAACCAGGGUAGCAAGCAGGAUGUUGAGGCUCUGGUCGACUACAUCUACGACACUAAGAAGGGUCUCGGCUGGGACUUGGACUUUGUUGUUCCCUUCGCCGCUAUCCCCGAGAACGGACGUGAGAUCGACUCUAUCGAUUCCAAGUCCGAGCUGGCUCACCGUAUCAUGUUGACCAAUCUGCUCCGCCUUCUCGGUUCCAUCAAGACCCAGAAGCAGGCAAAUGGCUUCGAGACUCGUCCCGCCCAGGUCAUCCUGCCCCUGUCGCCCAACCACGGUACCUUCGGUAACGACGGUCUGUACUCCGAGUCCAAGCUCGCCCUGGAGACUCUCUUCAACCGUUGGUACUCCGAGAGCUGGAGCCACUAUCUCACUAUUUGCGGUGCCGUCAUUGGCUGGACCCGUGGUACUGGUCUCAUGAGCGGUAACAACAUGGUUGCUGAGGGUGUUGAGAAGCUUGGUGUCCGCACCUUCUCUCAGCAGGAGAUGGCCUUCAACCUUCUCGGUCUGAUGUCUCCCGCCAUUGUCAACCUCUGCCAGCUCGACCCUGUCUUUGCCGACCUCAACGGUGGUCUGCAGUUCAUUCCUGACCUCAAGGGAUUGAUGACCAAGCUCCGUACCGACAUCAUGGAGACCAGCGAUGUUCGCCAGGCUGUCAUUAAGGAGACCGCCAUCGAGAACAAGGUCGUCAACGGCGAGGACAGUGGACUUCUGUACAAGAAGGUUGUUGCAGAGCCCCGUGCCAACAUCAAGUUCGAGUUCCCUAACCUGCCUGACUGGGAAGAGGAGGUCAAGCCCCUCAACGACUCUCUCAAGGGUAUGGUCAACCUGGACAAGGUUGUCGUUGUCACUGGUUUCUCUGAAGUCGGUCCCUGGGGUAACUCCCGUACCCGUUGGGAGAUGGAGUCUAAGGGCAAGUUCUCCCUGGAGGGCUGCGUUGAGAUGGCUUGGAUUAUGGGUCUGAUCAAGCACCACAAUGGUCCCCUCAAGGGCAAGGCCUACUCCGGCUGGGUUGACGCCAAGACUGGUGACCCGGUCGAUGACAAGGAUGUCAAGCCCAAGUACGAGAAGCACAUUCUCGAGCACACUGGUAUCCGUCUCAUCGAGCCCGAGCUGUUCAAGGGUUACGACCCCAAGCAGAAGCAGCUCCUCCAGGAGAUCGUCAUCCAGGAGGACCUCGAGCCUUUCGAGUCCUCCAAGGAGACCGCCGAGGAGUUCAAACGUGAGCACGGAGACAAUGUCGAGAUCUUCGAGAUCCCCGAGUCUGGCGAGUACACCGUCCGCCUCCGCAAGGGCGCCACCAUGCUCAUCCCCAAGGCUCUCCAGUUCGACCGUCUCGUCGCUGGUCAGGUGCCUACUGGCUGGGAUGCCAGUCGCUACGGUAUCCCCGACGACAUUAUCGAGCAGGUUGACCCCGUCACUCUGUUCGUCCUGGUCUGCACUGCUGAGGCUAUGCUCUCCGCCGGUAUCACCGACCCCUACGAGUUCUACAAGUACGUCCACCUUUCCGAGGUCGGUAACUGCAUUGGUUCCGGUAUUGGCGGUACCCACGCUCUCCGCGGUAUGUACAAGGAUCGCUACCUGGACAAGCCCUUGCAGAAGGAUAUUCUGCAGGAGUCUUUCAUCAACACCAUGAGUGCUUGGGUGAAUAUGUUGCUUCUCUCCUCCACUGGCCCCAUCAAGACCCCCGUCGGUGCUUGCGCCACGGCUGUCGAGUCCGUUGAUAUCGGUUACGAGACCAUUGUCGAGGGCAAGGCUCGUGUCUGCUUCGUCGGUGGUUUCGAUGACUUCCAGGAGGAGGGCUCCUACGAGUUCGCCAACAUGAAGGCCACCAGCAACGCCGAGGAUGAAUUCGCUCACGGCCGCACACCCCAAGAGAUGUCGCGUCCCACUACCACCACCCGUGCUGGAUUCAUGGAGUCCCAAGGUUGCGGUAUGCAGCUCAUCAUGACUGCCCAGCUCGCUCUUGACAUGGGUGUCCCCAUUCACGGUAUCAUUGCCCUGACCACCACCGCCACUGACAAGAUCGGACGUUCCGUGCCAGCUCCUGGUCAGGGUGUCCUCACCACUGCCCGUGAGAACCCCGGCAAGUUCCCCUCGCCUCUGCUCGACCUCAAGUACCGCCGUCGCCAGCUGGAUCUCCGCAAGAAGCAGAUCAACGAGUGGCAGGAGUCCGAGCUCCUCUACCUCCAGGAGGAGGUCGAGGCCAUGAAGGCCCAGAGCGACGAGACGUUCAACGAGUCCGAAUACUUGCAGGAGCGUGCUCAGCACAUUGAGCGCGAGGCCAUCCGCCAGGAGAAGGAUGCUCAGUUCAGCCUGGGCAACAACUUCUGGAAGCAGGAUUCGCGCAUUGCUCCUCUCCGUGGUGCCCUUGCUACCUGGGGUCUGACCGUCGAUGACAUUGACGUCGCCUCCUUCCACGGCACCUCCACUGUUGCCAACGACAAGAACGAGUCCGAUGUCAUCUGCCAGCAGCUGAAGCACCUUGGCCGUUCCAAGGGUAACGCCGUCAUGGGUAUCUUCCAGAAGUACCUCACCGGUCACCCCAAGGGUGCCGCUGGAGCCUGGAUGUUCAACGGCUGUCUCCAAGUCCUGGAGAGCGGUCUCGUCCCCGGCAACCGCAACGCCGACAACGUCGACAAGGUCAUGGAGAAGUUCGAUUACAUCGUCUACCCCAGCCGCAGCAUCCAAACCGACGGUGUCAAGGCUUUCUCCGUCACCUCCUUCGGUUUCGGUCAAAAGGGUGCUCAGGUCAUUGGUAUCCACCCCAAGUACCUGUACGCCACUCUCGAGAAGGCUCAGUACCAGGCCUACAAGACCAAGGUCGAAGCCCGCCAGAAGAAGGCCUACCGCUACUUCCACAACGGCCUGAUCAACAAUAGCAUCUUCGUCGCCAAGAACAAGGCCCCUUACGAAGACGACCUCCAGAGCAAGAUCUUCCUGAACCCAGACUACCGCGUCUCAGUUGACAAGAAGACUUCCGAGCUCAAGUACUCCGCCACCGCCCCGGUGGCCAAGGAGUCCGAGGCCACCCGCCAAACCGUCGAGUCCCUCGCCAAGGCCAACGCCUCGGAGAACUCCAAAAUUGGCGUCGACGUCGAGCACAUCGACUCCGUCAACAUCGACAACGAGACCUUCGUCGAGCGCAACUUCACCGCUAGCGAACAGGCGUACUGCCGCAAGGCCGCCUCCCCGCAGUCCUCCUUCGCCGGUCGCUGGAGCGCCAAGGAAGCAGUCUUCAAGUCCCUCGGCGUGAGCAGCAAGGGAGCCGGCGCUGCCUUGAAGGAAAUCGAGAUCGGAGUCGACGCCAACGGCGCCCCGACCGUUAACCUCACUGGUGCCGCCGCUGCCGCCGCUAAGCAAGCCGGCGUCAAGCAGGUCAGCGUUAGCAUCAGCCACAGCGAUUCUCAGGCUGUUGCCGUUGCCGUCUCGCAGUUCUAG